CCUAGUUGGCCUGGACCUUGCUGAAGUCUGCGUGGAUCUCUCAAGACCUGCCAAGCCCGGACACCACUGUCAUGAGCCCCAGAACCCCUAUGUGAAGCCGCACCCCUCUUGCUGACCUGGCGCUGCCAGCCCUGCUGCCCUCGAGCUGUGGUUUCGAGGCUCCACGUGGCAGGGCCGGCCGCCAUGCGCCUGAAUACCCUAUUGGUUCUGCUGCGCCCAGCACUACCCCUCAUCCUUGGGCUGUCUCUGGGGUGCAGCCUGAGCCUCCUGCGGGUUUCCUGGAUCCAGGGUGAUGGACAAGAUCCCUGUGAGGAGGCCGUGGGGGAGCAAGGAGGGCCACAGAAUCCCGCUGCGAGAUCUCGGCUUGACCAAAGCAAUGAAGACUUCGAGCCGCAGAUUGUCCCUUAUUAUAGGGACCCCAAUAAACCAUACAAGAAGGUGCUCAGGACUCGCUACAUCCAGACCGAGCUGGGAUCUCGGGAACGGUUGUUGGUGGCAGUGCUCACCUCCCGGGCUACGCUAUCCACGCUGGCCGUGGCUGUGAACCGCACAGUGGCCCACCACUUCCCUCGGUUGCUCUACUUCACUGGGCAACGAGGGCCCCGGGUCCCAGCCGGCAUGCAGGUGGUGUCCCAUGGAGACGAGAGACCAGCCUGGCUCAUGUCUGAGACCCUACGCUACCUCCACACCCACUUCGGGGCCGACUAUGACUGGUUCUUCAUCAUGCAGGAUGACACAUAUGUGCAAGCCCAGCGCCUGGCAGCCCUUGCCGGCCACCUCAGCAUCAACCACGACCUGUACCUGGGCCGUUCCGAGGAGUUCAUUGGGGCAGGCGAGCAGGCCCGCUACUGCCAUGGGGGCUUUGGCUACCUCCUGUCCCGGAGCCUCCUGCUCCGCUUGAGGCCACACUUGGAUGGCUGCCGAGGGGACAUCCUCAGUGCCCGCCCUGAUGAGUGGCUAGGUCGUUGCCUCAUCGACUCUCUGGGCAUCGGCUGUGUCUCACAGCACCAGGGGCAGCAGUACCGCUCGUUUGAACUGGCCAAAAACAGGGAUCCUGAGAAGGAAGGGAGUUCGGCUUUCCUCAGCGCCUUUGCUGUGCAUCCUGUCUCCGAGGGAACUCUCAUGUACCGUCUCCACAAACGCUUCAGUGCUCUGGAGCUGGAGCGGACAUAUAGCGAGAUCAAGCAACUGCAGGCUCAAAUCCGGAACCUGACUGCCCUGACCCCAGAAGGGGAAGCAGGACUGAGCUGGCCCGUUGGCCUCCCGGCCCCCUUCAGGCCACACUCUCGCUUCGAGGUGCUGGGCUGGGACUACUUCACAGAGCAGCAUACAUUCUCCUGUGCAGAUGGUGCUCCCAAGUGCCCUCUGCAGGGGGCCACCAGGGCUGACGUGGGCAAUAUAGUGGAAACAGCCUUGGAGCAACUGAACCAGCGCUACCAGCCCCGCCUGCGCUUUCAGAAACAGCGGCUGCUCAAUGGCUACCGGCGCUUCGACCCAACUCGGGGCAUGGAGUACACACUGGACCUGCUGCUGGAGGCCGUGACACAGCGUGGGCAUCGGCGGCCUCUCGCCCGCAGAGUCAGCCUGCUGCGGCCCCUAAGUCGGGUGGAAAUCUUGCCCAUGCCCUACGUUACUGAGGCCACCCGGGUGCAGCUAGUGCUGCCACUGCUGGGGGCUGAGGCGGCGGCCGCCCUGGCUUUCCUGGAGGCCUUUGCAGCCAGAGUCCUGGAGCCACGAGAGCAUGUGCUGCUCACUCUCUUACUGGUGUAUGGGCCACGGGAAGGGGGCCGCGGGGCCCCAGAUCCCUUUCUUGAUGUGAAGGCAACUGCUGCGAAGCUUGAGCGCAGGUACCCAGGGACAAGGCUGGCCUGGCUGGCUGUGCGUGCAGAGGCCCCCUCCCAAGUACGCCUCAUGGACGUGGUCUCCAAGAAACACCCCGUGGACACCCUCUUCUUCCUCACCACUGUCCGGACCCGGCCGAGUCCCGAAGUCCUCAACCGCUGCCGGAUGAAUGCCAUCUCGGGCUGGCAGGCCUUCUUCCCACUCCACUUUCAGGAGUUCAACCCUGCCCUGGCACCCCAGAGGUCACCAGACGCCCCCUCCCCUCCUGGUGCCGACCCUGCCCGGGGUGCCCCUGUGGGGGGCAGGUUUGACCGCCAGGCAUCAGCUGAGGGCUGCUUCUACAACGUUGACUACCUGGCUGCUCGUGCCCGGCUGGCCGCGGAGCUGGCGGGCCAGGAGGAGGAGGAAGCCCUGGAGGGGCUAGAGGUGAUGGAUGUUUUUCUCCGCUUCUCAGGGCUCCACCUCUUCCGGGCCGUGGAGCCAGGGCUAGUGCAAAAGUUCUCAGUUCGAGAGUGCAGCCCACGGCUGAGUGAGGAACUGUAUCACCGCUGCCGUCUCAGCAACCUGGAGGGGCUGGGCGGGCGUGCACAGCUGGCCAUGGCCCUGUUUGAUCAGGAACAGGCCAACAGUACCUAGCACCAGCAGGUAGGACACUUGCAUGGACAGAAGGACGGAGAGCUCGUGGCUGUAUUUUUUUUUUUUUAAUAAGAAAACGUUAUUAAACACGA